AGCUCAAGGGCGACUAUCCUGGAGACCCAGCGUCCCUCUCUUCAUACUUGUGGUUCUUUCUUGCGUGUAGCAGGUGUCAAAGCUGUGAUGGAGCGCUGGCGGGGCAGAGUAGCUCUGGUGACCGGAGCCUCGGUCGGCAUUGGGGCGACUUUAGCCGUAGAGCUGGUCCGACUCGGUAUGAAAGUGAUGGGCUGCGCCAGAGAUGUUGGAAAAAUACAGAAACUGGCAGCAGAGUGUCAGAGCGCCGGCCACCCUGGUGUUUUUGUCCCUUUCAAGUGUGACUUGACCAAAGAGGAGGAGAUUCUGUCCAUGUUCGCCGCGAUCAAGGAGCAGCACAAAGGCGUGGACGUGUGCAUCAAUAACGCUGGCUUGGCUCAUCCAGAGGCGCUGCUAAAUGGCAAAACCAGUGGCUGGAAAAACAUGUGGGAUGUGAACGUUCUUGCACUGUGUAUCUGUGCACGUGAAGCUUAUCAGUCAAUGAAAGAGAGAAAUGUGGACAACGGGCACAUCAUAAACAUAAACAGGUGCCGUUUUAUUUUACUGAUGAACAGUGAUGGGUAUGCUUGUGCAGUUUACACAAACAUCUUAUAAUUCAGUCAUUCUUUUGGCAACUCUGCACAAUGGACUUUUCUCACAGCACACAUUGUAUCUCCCCAUUUAAGAACCCUACUACAGCCAAUGAGUGUUUUUAUUACUGGUAGGUCCAAUAAAAACAAAUGCCAGACUGCUGUGUCAAUAACAAUAUAUUAAAACCAAAAGGGACAUCUUCAUAUUGCUUUCAUUGGCCGGCUAGCAGUUCAGAACUAAAAGAUUUUUGAGUUUACUAUGAAAAUCAUCAAGAAAAAUGAAA